AUGCCUGGCCUCACCGCAACCGCACCGUUUCCCGACGAUGUCCCCGUCCACCCUCUGCCCGUGAUUGACUAUGAACGACUUCAGCAAUGGGACUCGCGGGAGGUCGCCAGACUCUGGGACGCGAGCACCGAACAAGGCUUCUGGUACCUGAAGAACCAUGGCGUUGACUGCGAGGUCAAUGACAUGUUCGACAUGGGAGCAGAGACUCUGGACCUUCCACUGGAAGAGAAGAUGCGAUUUGAGCAAGGCGACAACGGCGACUCGUUUGGUUACAAGGCGAAGGGAACGAUCCAGACGGAUGCGAACGGCACUCGGGACAACGUCGAGUUCCUAAAUAUUGCGCAGGACGACGCUUUGUCAUGGCCACACCCGACGCACAGAACCUAUCCGUCCACUGUGAACGCGCGAAUGAACGACACCAUAAUCCCAUUCGUCCGGAAGUCGAUGGAGGUGAACAUGACGAUCCUCAGCAUCUUUGAACGGCAGCUGGGUUUGCCGAGGGGCGAACUCAUGAGACUGCACUCGACAGAGGGACCUGGCGGGAGUGAGGCCCGCUGCAUCAAGACACCGUCUAACCAGUCAACAGCGGGCGUCGGCGCCCAUACCGACUUUGGCACUCUGACAUUUCUGCACAAUCGUCUAGGCGGCCUCCAGGUGAUGCCGCCAGGGUCACAACGAUGGCUGUACAUCAAGCCUCUGCCCGGUCACGCAGUAUGCAACAUCGGCGAUGCUUUGUCAAUCUUCAGUGGGGGGAUUUUGCGAUCCGCACUCCACCGUGCCGCCCCCGGGGGACAGUCGCGCUUCGAGCGGUACUCCGUCGCGUUCUUCACGCGUCCACGCAAUUCGGUUGUGCUGCGCCAUCUGGGGCAGAACAGCGAUGUGAUCGCACACGCGGUUGCGAAGGCACCGGGGGGCGAGUUUGAUACUGGGACCACAUCGGCGGAGUGGGUGGCCCGCAGAAUCAGGAAGCUUAGGCUCAAGAACAGACAGGGUCCCGAGACGUGGUACGCUAGCCUGGGCACAGAGCACAUUGGGCGUACUACGGGCGGAGUGUGA